AAAAGUGCUUUGAAAAGUCGUGUUCGUGUGCAUUCCUUUGAUUCUUCCUUAUAAAACCCCAAAACAAAACAAAACCACGCCAUGCCCAUUCUCAAAUUCUCCAAACUCGCGAUCCUCGUUUUGUUCUCUCUGCUCUGCAUCGCCAUGUCGGAUUCCGCCGCCAAACCCCUCGACCAGCACGCCACCGCCUCUUCCCCUGCGGUUCACAUCGUCUACACCGAGCGUCCACAGGACGAGGAGCCUGAGGCUUACCACAUCCGAACCCUCUCCGCUGUCCUCGGCAGUGAGGAUGCUGCGAAGGAAGCUUUGUUGUAUAGUUAUAAGUCUGCAGCUAGUGGGUUCUCUGCUAAGCUUACUCAGGAGCAGGUUGAACAGAUUUCAAAGCUACCAGGUGUUCUUCAAGUUGUUCCGAGCAGGACAUAUCAGCUUCAUUCAGGACCAAAUAACCUGCAUUAGAGGAUGUUCAUCUAAAGAUGUAUCGGUUCCAAACCGUUAUCUAUACCAUGUAUAAACUACUUUGGCUCAGCCUAUACUUAUGUCAAUAAGAACAUGGAAUCAAUAUGUAAUAACACAUUGCUAAUAUUAUGGUAGAUGUUUAUCAAUGUCUCGUGUAAUCAAAAUGGCACCAACACCGUUGUGUUGAGCAAAUUACCCGGUUAAGGAUUUGAGAACGUAUUUAGA